CUGCGCACCCUUCCCCACCUCUCAACGCAGCGCCGUCCACCUCCACCUCCCAAUCUGCUCUUUCUCUCUCUCUCUCUCUCUCUCUCUCUCUCUCUGCUCUCGUUCUCACCCCCUGACCUCUCUCUCGCAGCGGGUGGUCAAAGACUCGGCUGGGUCGGGCGAGUCACUGAAGCAGAGCUGCUGGGCUCAGAUGCCUCAGGAGUUGCUGAGGGAAGUAUUGGUGAGAAUCGAGGCCUCCGAGGCCGCUUGAAAAAUUGGAAAGACGAUAAUAAUGUGGAACUUGUGUAGCUGAGAACGAAGAGUUUGACUGUGAAAGACCACAUCAGGCAAACAUUUUGGCUUGCAUUUGAUGUGUUUGAUGAAAUCCCUCUUCAGUCUUUCUUCAUAAUACUAAUGCCCUGUGCACUGCUAGCUUAGUAUGGAAAAUCGCAACAAAGCCCAGCUUCAAAGUUUUCUCAAAACUCUUCCCCCUGUUGAGUUCUCCUGUGUCUAUGGCUCGUCUCUUCAUCCCAACAACCCUGGCAGUGCAAAGUCAACCAUGGUAGAUUGCAUUCUUGGUGUAUCCAAUCCCCGACAAUGGCAUUCUGAGAAUCUGACAUUGAACAACGAUCAUUAUUCUUCGUGGAUGGUGCUUCUUGGUGGGGCAAGACUGAUUACCGACGUUGCAGAUGAAAUAGGUGUGGGGGUGCACUUCAAUCCUUUUGUUAGUUGGAACGACAAGAUGUUCAAGUAUGGGGUUGUUCGCAUGCAUGACUUGGUUGAGGACAUACUAAAUUGGGAGAAGUUCUAUUUAAGCAGCCGAUUACAAAAACCAGUUCAUGUACUUUUGGAUAAUUUGGAUUUCGCAAAUGUAAACUCGGUUAAUUUGAGGGGUGCAAUGUCUGCAGCUCUUCUUCUUUUGCCGUCCAAGUUCACUGAGGAAGAACUGUAUGCCAAAAUAUGUAGCCUCUCAUAUAUGGGCGACUUGCGUAUGCUUUUUGCAGAGGACAGAAAUAAGGUGAAGAAAAUAGUACAAGGGCAAUUUGAAUUGUUCCGGCCGAUGUAUAAGCCAUUUAUUGAAGAGUAUGAGACCAAAGAGUUGUUGAGAUGCUCUUUAUCUGGGAAUACUCAACCAAUCAUAUCUCAGGAUGGCGGUUUAUUAGCAGCUCGAUCUCUUGUUUCUUCUUUGCCCCCAAUGGUCAGAAGCCAAAUGGGGAUGAAGCUAGGAGAAAAGAAAGUACUGUGUGACUCUGGUCGAGUUAUUCAGGAAAUUGUGAUUGGCUCCAAAGACGAGGCUGCUAAAUGCAUGCAGACUAUUCUGCGGCGAAAGGUCAUGGUUUCGAGUGCAAGACAGGCCAUGUCUGGUCUCCUGGCUGCUGGUGGCAUUAAUGCCACGAGAUAUCUUGGUGCUAAAAUGAGCAAGGCUUGGAAAUCCUGGAGAUGAUAAUUUUUUAUAUAUAAUUAUUUAUUCAUUUUUAGCGCCAGUCUUGUUCAGCCAUAAACCAUUAGCAUCAAAGGGACGUGGAAAGUGUGAUUUUGCAAUUCCAUCGCAACAACAGGUGAGAUGCUCGAAACAUAACCUAUAUGAGCUCACCAGGGUUCACUGGUCAAUAGUUUUCGUUCAAACAAGAUAUUGUUGUUUGUACCAUGAAAGAAGAAACUGGUGUUAUCAGUGAGCAUUUUGUUAUAAGAAACUGAGAGAGGAAAAGCAAGUUUUGUACAUUGCGACAUGCAAGAAUGUUUUCAAGAUUUAAAACUAUGCAUAUCUCUAUGCAUAUACUACCGA